AUGCUGACGGGUCACCUGGAGGCCGGGGAGGCAGCGGAGCCAAGCCACGCAGAGGGCUGGUGCCCGGGAGCUGGGGCUGACCCCGAGAAGACGGCCACCGCAGCCGGGGUCCCCAGGAAGGACAGCGGGGCCCGGGAGAUGGUGGACCACCUCAGUGAUGCUCGGACACUGGCGCCAGCGUUUGACUUCCUCUUCGGAGGAGCAACAAGGCCAGAGACUCCACUGGAUCACAUGAAGGAUCCCGUGGAGAAGCUCCGAUUACAGCAGCAGGUCAGCAGACUUCAAGAGGAGUUCAGGAGACACGUGUCUCGGUGGGCCGACGCUCACAGCAAACUCCAGAGCCAGAUAGACAUUUUGAUGAAACAGAACCUGGAGCUCCGAGAAGAACUGAGGGCUUCCGAGCUGCAGCGACUGGAGGCCAGAGAGAAAUCUGCAGCCUUCCUUCCCACGAGACGAGGAGCAGACACUCUGGUAUCAAUAUCAGAAUCUGCUUUUGGAAAAAUUUCACCUCUGCCUGCUGAUAAAGAAAUAAAGCCAAAAUAUGUUGGCAGCAAGAGUCGUAGUGCCACUCUCCCGGGACAAGGAUCGCCAUCUAAAAAUUUGACUUCUCCAAAGCCAGUAAGUUUCAAGAUAGAAAGAACCGACUCAGAGAAAACCAUAUCACAGGAAGAUAGAGACGAAACUCCUUCCAGAGGACGUCGAGACAGCCGCACGGCGCCCUCCGGAAGGUCACAUCCCUCAGAGGGACUGGCAGUGUCGGAAGGUGAAAAGGUUAUACUCCAGCCUUCCCGAACUCUGCAAGAACCGAGUGGCAGACCAUUCCUCGCACUGGCUUCUGAUGUCGCCGUGCUCCAGGAGGACAAGCCAGAGGCCACCGAGAACG